GAAAAUUAACAACGAAACAUCUGUUAGAUAUAAAAAUGGUGGUCUGGGUUUUCAUUGUGCAUUUGUUUUUGCAAGUUAUUGCAGAAAAAAGGAUUCUACUGGACGACCCAGCUUUCCUUCAGUCUCAGAUACAUGCGCUGGAAAUGAAGAUGGAGGAUGUUGUGGCUAGAAACACAGAUUUGACCGCCAAAUACACUGAUCUCUCUGUUAAGUACAAUACGUUGUUGACCAAAUCCAACGGUGGUGGAAUUUUCGUAAGAUGGGGACGGAAAGAUUGUCCUGGAAUCAACACAGAACUGGUUUAUUCAGGAUUUGCUGGAGGUUCUUGGCCACAGCACACCGGAGCGGCUGCCGAAUUCGUAUGUCUUCCACGAGACCCAGAUCUCACAACAAAGUUUACUUCUAGCUAUGCGUUCAUGUAUGGAUCAGAGUACGACGCCUCCUCGACAGAGUUUGGCCAUGACAACGGUGAUGACCUUCCCUGCAGCGUUUGCCGUAGCACGGUACAGUCCAGCGUUCUGAUGAUUCCUGGUAAAUCCUCCUGUUACGAUGGCUGGAGCAUGCAGUAUCAUGGUGAUCUCGUGGCGGGGGCUGUCGUACAUAAGGCUGCAACUCAGUAUAUAUGUUUAGACGAGCAUCCUGAAGCUUUGAUUGCAGGACAGCGUAACGACGAUGGGAAAUUUUUUUACCCAGUAAAAGCAGUGUGCGGAGCUUUAGCUUGUCCACCAUAUCACAAUGACAAAUACCUAACGUGUGUUGUUUGUACCAAAUAAUAAGGGUUGAUUAAAUUAUAACAAGUACAAAAUGUCA